AUGAGGAUAUUCUUGACAUUAUUUCUCAUAAAAACGGUUUUAUACUUCGCUGACGCUCAGAAUUGCGAUAGAGAUAUUCUUGAAGAUGUUUGCCCACAGCGGGAAGGCUUCGAUGAAGAUUGCGAACGGCAUUGCCAAGCCAAAUACCCAUUGAGAAUCGCUAGUGGUUGUCAUUUAAGGAAUUCAGGAACACUACUUUCACUUUUCGGUAUUCGGAGUUAUCAGUGUAAAUGUCAAUUACCGAUGCACUUCUGUGUGUCUACACAAGGCCUGAACCCUUUCCGUCAAUCAUUCUCGUUGGCAGCCAUAUCUACACAUUCCAGACUAGUGAAGAUACCGAACGAACAAAUUGUUUGCGAACAGAGACGAACGAAACUCUCUUGUGACAAUAACUUUGGCGUAGGACAAUGCGAUUGGAUUAGAUCAACAGGUGCCGAUUGGUUCGAAGCAACUGAAAAUGGGUUGGCCAUCCCCAUGAUGCCGCAUGAAAAGCCUACUGCUAACUAUUUGGUAGCAGUUGGUAGACAAGGUGUUCCAACGAUUCAUCUCUCAACAUGCGAUGGGCUCUGUUCCCAGGGCAGUGUAAAUGUAACUCUCCGCAUGUGGAAAUCACCUUGGAUUCAAGCUCACUUGUGCUUCAAAGAGCGCGAGAACCUCUUCUGUGCCCCAAUGCAAGCUGCUAACGGGCAAUGGACGAACGAAACCAUUCCAAGAACAGACAACUUUCAAGUUUAUUUCAAAUUCACAAAUGUUACCGAAGCGGAUGCUGUAAUGUUGGACGAUGUCAAGAUAGAUUUCGUGCAUUGUGCAAACGCAGAACCCGUUACUGUGACUACACCGUUACCUCAGCGCAUCAAUCGCUUAGUAACCCCAACGUUGAUUAGUCAUGAGCAUCGAAGAAUCUCUGGAGUUUCUUCACGAUCAUCACUUGACGGGAAUGGAAUUGCACGUGUUCUAUCCUCGCGUACCCAUGAGACGACACACCCUGUAGAAACUGUACCAGUGAGAAAUGGUGAACAAUCAAGUGAUACAUUAGACACUUUGAAAAAACGUCUUUGUCUCCAAGGAGAAUGCACGACUAUAACUCAUCAAGCCUCUCAUAUUGUGCAACCUACUCAAGAUCGUACUUGCGUUGGACGCGUUGGAUUCAUGAAAUGCCAAGAGAAGUGUCGCGAGCAGUCGGGUUUGAGUUCUAAUUCCCGCUGUAUAAGGCAAAAAGAAUAUCCAUUCAUUAAACGAUGCAUUUGUCAAGUACGGAGAUCUCCAGCACGCAAUGAAAUUAAUGUCAUUACGCCAAAGAAAGAGGAACGAUACACAAAUAAUAAUAAUAUCCAAGAUGACGUAUCAAGUGUUGAUGAGGAAUAUCCAACACUCCGUCCAAUUAAGCUAACUCCCUCUCCGAAAUUCGUUAAUGAGGCUUCUACGCUCGCUCCCAAAAGAAGAAAUCGAAUUUUCCAUGGAGAAAACGAGCAGAAAGCAUCAGAAAACUUCAUUAAUGUGGUUUGUGGUCUGGACGGGGAUAAUACAGAUUGCGACAAAUCCUGUAAAGAGAAAGAUCCACAGAGUUCUGGAUCCUGCUCACUGGCUCGAGGUUUUCCUGAUUGCAUUUGUUCAACAUGCUUCAGCUCGUUAUGCAACUUUGAGAAAGACAACGGUUGCGAGUGGACAGAUUUACGUCUGAUUAGCACACAAUUCAAUAACGUUAGUAUAGCAGCUAAGAAAGACCAAGCCAAUCGCUAUGGGCUUACAAGAUUGCCACCUUUAUCCUAUUCAGGACUCAUACGACGAGGUCAAAUUGAAGGCCCUAUUCAUCUCUCUGUGGAUGUGUACCCUUCACACGAGAUUGAUGUACGGAUAUGCGUCGAUUCUUUCAACAAAUGUCAAUCACAAACUGUUGGGCCAGCGGCGUGGAACAGAAUCUCCGCUAAAAUAAAAGUGGCCAGAACGGAAAAGAUUUUCCUCCUCUUCCACAACAAGUUGAAUGAUGUAGCAAAAACGAUUGCAUUAGACAAUAUAUCCCUUCAAAAUGGUAAAUGCUGA